AUGGCCAUCUACCCCUGGGGGCUGCGCCUCGGGAGGCUGUGCGCCGGGAGCCCGGGGGUGCCGGGGACCCGGGCCGUCCUCGCCCGGGCAUGGCAGGAAGCGAGACUGCAGGGCGCCCGCCCCCUCAGCUCUGCAGGGGCAGAUCGCACCGUCCCCCUGCCCGUCGGAGGCCUCAGCUACAUCCAGGGCCUCACAAGACAGCGUCUUAUCAACAAGACUGUGGGACAGUGCCUGGAAGCCAUAGCACAGAGGGUCCCCGACCGGGAGGCCUUGGUCGUCCCGCAGGAGAACAUCAGGCUGACCUUUGCCCAGCUCAAGGAGGAGGUGGACAAAGCUGCUUCUGGGCUCCUGAGUAUCGGCCUCCGCAAGGGCGACCGGCUGGGCAUGUGGGGACCCAACUCCUAUGCGUGGGUGCUCAUGCAGCUGGCCACCGCUCAGGCAGGCAUCAUUCUGGUGUCUGUGAACCCAGCCUACCAGGCUAUGGAGUUGGAGUAUGCCCUCAAGAAGGUAGGCUGCAAAGCCGUCACAUUCCCUAAGCAGUUCAAGACCCAGCAAUACUACAACAUCCUGAAGCAGAUCUGCCCAGAGUUGGAGAAGGCCCAGCCGGGGGCCUUGAAGAGUCAGAGGCUCCCGGACCUGACCACAGUCAUCUCGGUGGACGACCCUCUGCCGGGGACCCUGCUCCUUGAUGAGGUGGUGGCAGCUGGAAGCACAGAGCAGCAUCUGGCCCGGCUGCGGUACAGCCAGAAGUUCCUGUCCUGCCAUGACCCCAUCAACAUCCAGUUCACCUCGGGGACGACAGGCAGCCCCAAGGGGGCCACACUCUCCCACUACAACAUUGUCAACAACUCCAACAUGAUAGGGGAUCGGCUGAGGCUGCACCUAAAGACGUCAGAGGACUUACGGAUCAUCCUGCCCAGCCCCCUGUACCACUGCCUGGGUUCUGUGGGGGGCACGAUGGUGAGCCUAAUGUAUGGUGCUACCCUCAUCCUACCCUGUCCGACCUUUGAUGGCAAGAAGGCGCUGGAGGCCAUCAGCAAAGAGAGAGGCACCAUCCUGUACGGCACCCCCACAAUGUUCGUGGACAUUCUGAACCAGCCAGACUUCUCCAGUUACGACAUCUCGUCCAUGUGUGGAGGUGUGAUUGCUGGGUCCCCCGCACCCCCAGAGCUGAUCCGAGCCAUCAUCGACAAGCUAAACAUGAAGGAGCUGGUGGUGGCUUACGGAACAACAGAGAACAGCCCCGUGACCUUCAUGAACUUCGCUGAGGACACUGUGGAACAGAAGGCAGAAAGUGUGGGCAGAAUUAUGCCUCACACAGAGGCCCAGAUUGUGGACAUGAAGACGGGGACGCUGGCCGAGCUGAACACGUCCGGGGAGCUGUGCAUCCGAGGGUACUGCGUCAUGCUGGGCUACUGGGGUGAGCCCCAGAAGACCGAGGAAGCGAUUGGACAGGACAAGUGGUAUCACACAGGAGACAUCGCCGUGAUGGACAAUCAGGGCUUCUGCAAGAUCGUGGGCCGCUCCAAGGAUAUGAUCAUCCGGGGCGGUGAGAACAUCUACCCCGCCGAGCUUGAAGACUUCUUUCACACACACCCGCAGGUGCAGGAAGUGCAGGUGGUGGGGGUGAAGGACGACCGGAUGGGGGAGGAAAUCUGUGCCUGCAUUCGCCUGAAAAAGGGGGAGAAGACUACAGCAGAGGAGAUCAAGGCUUUCUGCAAAGGGAAGAUCUCCCACUUCAAGAUUCCCCGAUACGUCGUGUUUGUCACAAACUACCCCCUCACUGUCUCAGGAAAAAUCCAGAAAUUCAAACUUCGACAGCAGAUGGAACAACAUCUAAACCUGUGAAUAAGAGCCGGGGCGGGGGGGGGGGGGGGGAUCCUCCCAGGCCCUUGCUGCCCUCCUCCCACAUUCCCCUGUCUGUCUUUGUGAUUUGGCAUAAAGAGCUUCUGUUUUCUUUGGUUGGUCUCUUGCUGGUGUGCUCUCUUGACAGCUGCUAUGGGAUGGAGAAGGGAGGGACACUUUCAGACCCUCCGGUUCCUUGUCACGAAGGUGCCGACUUUGGUGUGCAUUAUCUAUUUCAUUUAAUCCUCACUUGAUCCCUCUGAGACAUGAACCCAGAUCAUUGCUUUUUCACUUUGUUGUCAGAUUAGUCCAGCAAGAAGUAUCCUUUUUAAAACAAUAACAGCUUGGGGCGCCUGGGUGGCUCAGUCGGUUAAGCAUCGGCUUUGGCUCAGGUCACGAACUCGAGGUUCGUGAGUUCAAGCCCUACGUCGGGUUCUGUGCCGACACCGUGGAGCCAGGAGCCUGCUUCAGAAUCUGUGACUGCCUCUCUCUCUCUCUGCCCCUCUCCCACUCAUGCUCUGUCUCUGUCCCUCAAAAAAUAAAUGUUAAUUUUUUUUUUUUUUUAAACAGUAACAGCUUGGGGCGCCUGGGUGGCUUAGUCAGUUACACAUCCGACUUCCGCUCAGGUCAUGAUCUUGCGGUUUGUGAGUUUGAGCCCCAUAUCAGGCUUUGCACUGGUGGUACAGAGCCUGCUUGGGAUUCUCUCUCUCUCCCUCUCUCUGCCCCUUCACCACUUGCAUGCACGCGCUUUCUCUCCCUUGAAAUAAAUAAAAAUACUUAAAAAAAUUAAAAUGAUAA